AUGCCACCAGGAAAGAGAACUAUCAAGUUUGGAGGUAAAUCAGGGAUCUUACCAAGACUUCGUCCAAUUUUCAAAACUCCUAUUAGACCUAAAAAUGAUCAUGAAUUAGCAGAAGAUGCUAAUAUCGAACAAGGAUAUGCUGAGAAUGUUCCAUUACCAAAGAAAAGAGGAUUCAAAUUUCAAAGAACUUUAACUCCAAAACCCGUAAUAUCAGUUGAAGAAAGAAUAAGGAAAACCAUUGAUGAAACCACUCCUAAGGUCGAUGUAUCCAAAUUAAGUGAGGAAGAAAAAUGGAAACAUCAAGUUGGGGAAAUCCGUAGACAACAUUUAAGAGAAGCUUAUUUAAAAGAACAUGAAAGAUUGAAAAAGAUCGAUGAAUUGGAAAAUAUCAAGCAUGAAAAGGAAAAGGAAAAACAACAAUUAAAUAAACAACAUUUAGAAGAAAGUGAAGCUUCAAAAUUAACCAUUCCUACCAUGGAAGAUUAUUUAAAAGGUCCUAUUGUCAGACAAAGAACUUUUGAAGAACAAACCAUUAUUGAUGCUAAAAGAGUGUUGAACAGAAAAAUGACGGAAUUAGAAUUGAAAGAAGAAAAAGCCAACGAGUUAUUGGAAUUAUAUCAUGCAUCAUCCAAAUUCAUUAUCAAUGAAGAGCAAUUACAAAAAGCUAUCAUUGAAGCAUUCCAAAGUGAUAUCAAUAAGUUUGAAAAUGCCCAAUUAUCAGUUAAAGAUAAGAUGAGAGGAUUAAAAGAUCCAAGCAAAGAACUUGAAAGGUCAGAAAACAUGUUCUUAGAUUCAAUUGUAGGAGAAUUAAAUGGUAAACCAGGUUUAGAUAUAGUUAAAGAUACUAUUGAUGGACAAAUUGAAAAAUUGAGACGUGAAGCCGAAUUGGCUAUAAAUAAAGAUUAG